AUUUCCGUCAUGGCUCAUUCAAAGACAAGGACCAAUGAUGGAAAAAUUACUUAUCCUCCUGGUGUCAAGGAAAUCUCAGAUAAAAUAUCUAAAGAGGAGAUGGUGAGACGGUUAAAGAUGGUUGUGAAAACUUUCAUGGAUAUGGACCAGGACUCUGAAGAAGAAAAGGAACUGUAUCUAAACCUAGCUUUACAUCUUGCUUCAGAUUUUUUCCUCAAGCAUCCUGAUAAAGAUGUUCGCUUACUAGUAGCCUGCUGCCUUGCUGAUAUUUUCAGGAUUUAUGCUCCUGAAGCUCCUUACACAUCCCCCGAUAAACUAAAGGAUAUAUUUAUGUUUAUAACAAGGCAGUUGAAGGGGCUAGAAGAUACAAAGAGCCCACAGUUCAAUAGGUAUUUUUAUUUACUUGAGAACAUUGCUUGGGUCAAGUCAUAUAACAUAUGCUUCGAGUUAGAGGACAGCAAUGAAAUUUUUACCCAACUAUACAGAACUUUAUUUUCAGUUAUAAACAAUGGCCACAAUCAGAAAGUUCAUAUGCACAUGGUAGACCUCAUGAGUUCUAUUAUUUGUGAAGGUGAUACAGUAUCUCAGGAGCUUUUGGAUACAGUUUUAGUAAAUCUGGUACCUGCUCAUAAGAAUUUAAACAAGCAAGCAUAUGAUUUGGCAAAGGCUUUACUGAAGAGGACAGCUCAAGCUAUUGAACCGUAUAUUACCAAUGUAAGUGUACUUGUAAUUGGGGUCAGAGGACUAGCAGAGUGCUCUGAACAUACUUUCAAUUAUGUACUUAUUCCCAAUGUCUUGUCCAUUAUUUUCUUAUUUCUCCUUCUGUGGUUGUGUUUUAUAUUUUAGAGCAAUGAUAAUGAGGAACGUCUACAAGUUGUUAAAUUACUGGCAAAAAUGUUUGGAGCAAAGGAUUCAGAAUUGGCUUCUCAAAACAAACCACUUUGGCAGUGCUAUUUGGGCAGGUUUAAUGAUAUCCAUGUACCAAUCCGCCUGGAAUGUGUGAAAUUUGCUAGCCAUUGUCUCAUGAACCAUCCUGAUUUAGCAAAGGACUUAACAGAGUAUCUCAAAGUGAGGUCACAUGACCCUGAGGAAGCUAUUAGACAUGAUGUUAUUGUGUCUAUAGUUACUGCUGCUAAAAAGGAUAUUCUUCUGGUCAAUGAUCACUUACUUAAUUUUGUGAGAGAGAGAACAUUAGACAAACGGUGGAGAGUGCGCAAAGAAGCCAUGAUGGGACUUGCCCAAAUUUAUAAGAAAUAUGCUUUACAAUCAGCAGCUGGAAAAGAUGCUGCAAAACAGAUAUCAUGGAUCAAAGACAAAUUGCUACAUAUAUAUUAUCAAAACAGUAUUGAUGAUCGAUUACUUGUUGAACGGAUCUUUGCUCAAUACAUGGUUCCUCACAAUUUGGAAACUACAGAACGGAUGAAGUGCUUAUAUUACUUGUAUGCCACACUGGAUUUAAAUGCUGUGAAAGCAUUGAAUGAAAUGUGGAAAUGUCAAAAUCUGCUUCGACAUCAAGUAAAGGAUUUGCUUGACUUAAUUAAGCAACCCAAAACAGAUGCCAGUGUCAAGGCCAUAUUUUCAAAAGUGAUGGUUAUUACAAGAAAUUUGCCAGAUCCUGGUAAGGCUCAAGAUUUCAUGAAGAAAUUCACACAGGUGUUGGAAGAUGAUGAGAAAAUAAGAAAACAGUUAGAAGUACUUGUUAGUCCAACAUGUUCCUGCAAACAGGCUGAAGGUUGUGUGCGUGAAAUAACUAAGAAGUUGGGCAACCCCAAACAGCCUACAAAUCCUUUCCUGGAAAUGAUCAAGUUUCUGUUGGAGAGAAUAGCACCUGUGCACAUAGAUACUGAAUCUAUCAGUGCUCUUAUUAAGCAAGUGAACAAAUCUAUAGAUGGAACAGCAGAUGAUGAAGAUGAGGGUGUUCCAACUGAUCAAGCUAUCAGGGCAGGUCUUGAACUGCUUAAGGUACUCUCAUUUACACAUCCCAUUUCCUUUCAUUCUGCUGAAACAUUUGAAUCACUCUUGGCUUGUCUCAAAAUGGAUGAUGAAAAAGUAGCAGAAGCUGCAUUACAAAUUUUUAAAAACACAGGAAGCAAAAUCGAAGAGGAUUUCCCACAUAUCAGAUCAGCCUUGCUUCCUGUUUUACAUCACAAAUCUAAAAAAGGACCCCCUCGUCAAGCGAAAUAUGCCAUUCAUUGUAUCCAUGCAAUAUUUUCUAGUAAAGAGACCCAGUUUGCACAGAUAUUUGAGCCUCUGCAUAAGAGUUUAGAUCCAAGCAAUCUGGAACAUCUCAUAACACCAUUGGUUACUAUUGGCCAUAUUGCUCUCCUUGCACCUGAUCAGUUUGCUGCUCCAUUGAAAUCUUUGGUAGCUACUUUCAUCGUGAAGGAUCUUCUCAUGAACGAUCGGCUUCCAGGAAAAAAGACAACUAAACUUUGGGUUCCAGAUGAAGAAGUAUCUCCUGAGACCAUGGUGAAAAUUCAGGCUAUUAAAAUGAUGGUUCGAUGGCUACUUGGAAUGAAAAAUAAUCACAGUAAAUCAGGAACUUCUACCUUAAGAUUGUUAACAACAAUAUUGCAUAGUGAUGGAGACUUGACAGAACAGGGGAAAAUUAGUAAACCAGAUAUGUCACGCCUGAGACUUGCUGCUGGGAGUGCUAUUGUGAAGCUGGCACAAGAACCCUGUUACCAUGAAAUCAUCACAUUAGAGCAGUAUCAGCUAUGCGCAUUAGCUAUCAACGAUGAAUGCUAUCAAGUAAGACAAGUAUUUGCUCAGAAACUUCACAAAGGCCUUUCCCGCUUACGGCUUCCACUGGAGUAUAUGGCAAUCUGUGCACUUUGCGCAAAAGAUCCUGUAAAAGAGAGAAGAGCUCAUGCUAGACAAUGCUUGGUGAAAAAUAUAAAUGUAAGACGCGAGUAUCUGAAGCAGCAUGCAGCUGUUAGUGCAUUGCAGAAACUGUACACCGUGUGUGAUGUUGCCAUGAAUAUCAUCAUGUCAAAGAGCACCACAUACAGUUUGGAAUCUCCUAAAGACCCAGUCCUACCAGCUCGUUUUUUCACUCAACCUGACAAGAAUUUCAGUAACACCAAAAAUUAUCUGCCUCCAGAAAUGAAAUCGUUUUUCACUCCUGGAAAAUCUGAAUUGGAGAAGCCUAGAAGCCGUAAAAAAACACCCGUCACAGACCCAGAGGAGAAAUUAGGUGUGGAUGACCUGACUAAGUUGGUGCAGGAACAGAAACCUAAAGGCAGUCAGAGAGGUCGGAAAAGAGGCCAUACAGCUUCAGAAUCGGAUGAACAGCAGUGGCCUGAGGAAAAGAGGCUUAAAGAAGAUAUAUUAGAAAAUGAGGAUGAACAGAACAGUCCACCAAAAAAGGGUAAAAGAGGUCGUCCACCAAAACCUCUUGGUGGAGGUACACCAAAAGAGGAGCCAACAGUGAAAACCUCUAAAAAAGGAAGCAAAAAAAAAUCUGGACCUCCAGCAGCAGAGGAAGAGGAAGAAGAAGAAAGACAAAGUGGAAAUACAGAACAGAAAUCCAAAAGCAAACAGCACCGAGCAUCAAGGAGAGCACAGCAAAGAGCAGAAUCUCCUGAAACUAGUGCAGUUGAAUCCACACAAUCCACACCACAGAAAGGACGAGGAAGACCAUCAAAAACGCCAUCACCAUCACAACCAAAAAAAAAUGUCCGUGUAGGACGCUCCAAACAAGCAGCUACUAAGGAAAAUGAUUCAAGCGAAGAAGUAGAUGUGUUUCAGGGUAGUUCUCCUGUCAAUGAUGAUAUUCCACAGGAAGAAACAGAAGAAGAGGAAGUUUCUACAGUAAAUGUACGACGGAGAAGUUCUAAAAGGGAAAGGCGAUGAACAAAUGUAAUUAAUAACUUUUUGAAAGCUUUGGAAAAACUAAUUUUUUGUCAAGCCUGAGGCUGAAUAAAUAAAGCCUUUGAUGCACAAAAUGGGACUGCUGAAGAGUGGACAGUUGGACCUUACUUUGAUGACCCUGGGUGUUUUGUGGUCACAUGCUUUAGCCAUACGCAUGAUAACAUUGACUAUGGAGUCUUGUGAAGGUGUAAUGUGCGAUGGCUAUGUAGACAUAAACUAAAGAAGAAACUUGUAAAUAUCUUUUUUCUUUUUUUUAAUGUUUCUGACUUCUAAAGUGCUUGUAUAGCUUUUAUCUGCGGCUUUAAAC